AAAAUUUUGAAUCCAACAACUGCAGCUUAUUUUAUUGAUUUCAAUAAUGUUGCACAUGACUUGUUCAUCUGUAUCUGCUAUCAAAAGUUUCAAAUCUCAAUUGUGGAAUCAUAAUACCUGAUUAGCUAAUUGCCUUCUUUCACCUCUCAAAUAUUAGUAUCAGAUAUUUUCAUUCACACUUCCCAUAGAUAUAUACAUUAUUCAAAGUGUUAAUCAUGGCGGCUUAUGGAGCUCUGGUUUCUCUUAUGCAUAUCAUAGAUCGCCUUGAAAAACAUCCUUCCCCUCCAAUCUCUAUCUACAAACAGCAACUUGAAUCUCUCACUGAAAACGUUACCUUCUUGCAGGAUUUUCUUGAUGCUUAUAUUCCCCCAGCUGUCGAUGACCAUGAGGCGGAUCCAUUGGAGUGUCGCAUUGCUGAUGCAGUUUAUGCAGCUGAGGAUGUCAUCGAAUCCCAAAUUGUGCUUCAAAUUCAUAACCGAUACACAAUUAUUGGAGAUAUAAUCAUCACGCUGGGGGUUGCAACUAUUGAGGAGGACUUCUAUCACGAUUUACAACAAGUGAUAGAAGAAAUGAAUUUGAUCAAGAAGGAAGCCAUGGAGAUUGCAACCGGAGCUGAUCAAAUGCAGAGAAAGGUCUCCUCAACUCAUGCUGGUUCCUCUUCCACUGUGAAGGAAAGCAUGAUGGUGGGCUUCGAUGAGGUGUUACUUGAAGUGCUGGAUAAGCUCACCGGAGGUCAACUCAGUCGCCAAAUCAUCCCAAUUAUGGGGAUGGGCGGGAUUGGUAAGACCACUCUUGCCCGACAUGUAUUCCAGCAUGCGCUUGUUAAAGAGCAUUUUGAUAUUUGUGCUUGGACUACAAUUUCUCAAACUUAUAAUGUUAGAGAAGCCCUUAGAGAAUUUCUUUCCCAAGUAAGUGGAAAUUCAGGUAGUGAUGAUCUGAGUGAGGGAGAAUUGGGAUUAAAACUAUACCAGUAUUUAUGGGGUAGGAGGUAUCUCAUAAUUAUGGAUGAUAUGUGGAGUAUAGAGGUGUGGGACAAGAUCAGGUCUUCCUUUCCUGAUUGCAAUGAUGGGAGUCGAAUAAUAGUAACAACUAGGAUGUCAAACUUGAAUUUGCAGUUGGGUGAGUCUUAUGGCGUUGGUAUGAAAUUUCUAGAUGAGGCUAGUUGUUGGGAUUUGUUCACCAACACUGUGUUUGGGGGAGAAAGUUUUCCUCCUGAGUUGGAAGAUAUUGGAAAGAAAAUUGUAGCAAAUUGUAAAGGGCUUCCUUUAUCAAUUGCUACAAUUGGAGGUCUUUUGGCAAAAUCUGAGCGCACUAGAGAAUAUUGGGUGCGCAUAGAGCAAAAUUUAAAUUCAAUAGUCAUUACGAAUAAUGAUGAAUUUUGCUUGAAAAUAUUGCGAAUGAGCUAUACGUAUCUGCCCAACUAUUUGAAGCCAUGUUUUUUGUAUAUGGGUGUUUUUGAGGAAGAUCGUUCAAUCCGUGCCUCAAUGUUGAAGAAGCUAUGGGUUUCUGAAGGAUUUUUGAAACCCGUGAGUGGAAAAUGUUUGGAAACAAUGGCAGAAGAGUACUUGAAGGAGUUGGUAGAUAGAAAUCUGAUUUUGGUUGAUGAGUUGGGGUUGAGUGGAAAUGUAAAGUUUUGUAAGCUUCAUGAUUUGUUGAGGGACGUGUGCUUGAAAGAAGUUGAAAAGGAGAGGUUUUAUGGUAUCAUAGGAGAGUUUCCUUUAGUCAAAGAUAACGAACGUCGGGUUGUUUUUCAAAAUGCUGGAAGAAGGGUAAUACGUGAAGUCUCGAGAUCCUUGUCACAUGUUCGUUCUAUAAUAUGUUAUGAGGGGAUAAACUUUGAAAGGCCUCACAACCUUAGAUUGUUGAGAACAGUCAAAGCAUAUGAUAGAGAUACACAUCGACGAGAUAAGACUAUCGAAGGUGGUGUUCAUUUCCUAGGCAAUGUUUUUCAAUUGGUGAACUCACGGCACAUUGCUGUUAGACUUCAUUCUGAGUACCAAUCAUUCCCGUCUUCAAUCAAUUUGCUUUGGAAUCUAUCUACGUUAAUUGUUCAUGUUGAGCCUCGGCAUGAAGUUGUUGCACCGAUUGAGAUUUGGAAAUUGCAUCAACUUAGGCAUCUCGAGUGUAUGAGUUUACAAACGGACAGAGGAGGAUUGAUUCUACCAGAUCCUCCGAGUGAGAUGGUUAUCAUGGAGAAUCUACAAACGCUCAGAGGAGUACAUAAUUUGUAUUUGAAUGAGGAGGUUGUUCAAAGAAUUCCCAAUGUCCAGAAAUUGCAUCUAAUUUACAAUUCCGAAUAUAUGGAGAGAGCAAACUGUUUAAGCAAUCUUGAGUGUCUGAGUAAAUUGGAAAACUUCUACUGCAGCAUCUAUCGCGGAUAUGAUGAGUAUUUGCAGAGGAUUAGUUUCCCACACUCCCUCAAGAAGUUGAAGUUAAUUCUCAAUAGUGUGGAGUUGGAUGAGAUACUACAAAAGAUAGGGUGGUUGCCCCUUCUUCAGAAGUUAGAAUUAUGGGGUGGUACAUUCAAAAGAGGCAAGUGGGACACUAUUGAGGGCCAAUUCCGGAGCCUCAAGCUACUACAAUUGGACUAUUGUAAUGGUCUAAAAAAUUGGACGAUGGCAGAGAGCUCCCACUUUCCACUUCUCCAGGAGCUUCGUCUUCUAGGAUUAGAUGAAUUGGAGGAGAUCCCUUCAGAAGUUGGAGAAAUAGCGACGCUGAAAUCAAUUACUUUGAAAUAUUGCAGUGAAUCAGCGGUAGUGUCAGCGAAAAAGAUAGUAGAAGAACAAGAGGAAUUGCAAGGAGACCAACUAGAGCUUCGUGUUCGAGCUGAAGUUUGGAAUAGAAGACUGCAGAGGUUGGCAAGUCCCAACUUUGAAGUUACAGGGAUUUUCAAUGCCAAGUUAUUAGAAUCAUCCAGUAUACAGUAUCCACAAGUCUUUCUAUUUGAAUAACUCGUUUAGUUUCUGUUGGAUCCUUUGGGAAAGUCAUGUGCUUAAACUUUCUUACAUUAGAUCACCAAUUGCCCCUUGUUGACCACAAACAAUGAGUACACGUUGGGAAAGGCAUGUGCUUAAACAAACAAUUGUUUUUUGUUUUGAUAUAAUUUGCUUUAUCAACUCCUAUUCCAAGUAUUUAAAAAAAAAAAGUUCUCUUAUUCCAAA